AUGAAGGGACUGAGCGAAUAUAAGAGAAACUUCAGAUGGAAAACCCCAGGGUUUUGUAGCCCGUCCCAACAGCAGAAAUCCUUGUGGGCAGGACUUCGGUCGGAUCAGUUUGGAAUCACCAGAGAACCAAACUUCAUUUCCAAGAGAAGGGUACCUCACCAUCAUCCACAGAUUUCCAAGUCCUUUGAAUGGACAGGAGAUUGUGAUUUGAAUGACCCAGUUGAAACUGAAGCUCUUAGGACUGCGGAGUUGCAGACAGACCACAAUAACAAUGAUGUGAAUCAGGAAAAAAUUGAAACACCAGAAGGACCCAGACUCCCUCCAAAAGUUCAGUCAGAUUCAGUAGAUUCUAGAGGUGAAACAGCUCUUGCCCUUGCAGAAAACAGCAUGAAGAGAUCACCCUCUGCAGCUCCAAAUCAAACUGAAGCAUUUUCAUCUCCAAAAAAGGAACUAGAAAAAAUGGGUAAUGGGCUUCACAGAGUCCUUCAGAGGAAAGCAGGCAUGAAUAUUUCACGUUUAAAUACUUUCCCCAGAAAUUCUGAAUAUCAAAGCCAAUUUGUUUGGAAGAGUCCCCAUGAAAAGUCACCAAUACUUGCAGCUGAACAGGUAACUUUAAAGAAUCCAAAAAGGGAAGAACCAUUUCAAAAACCAGCAGAAGAUGCAGCAAAACAAGGGCAAUCAGAACAGAAACAUCCUAAAAAAAGAAAUAAGCAACAUAUCAGUGCAAAGCCCCUCUCUUUACAUACACGUCGUGGGAAGAUGAACACUGAAUAUAGGUCAAAAUUUUUGUCUCCAGCCCAGUAUUUCUACAAAGAUGGAGUUUGGUCUCGUAUCAGGAGUAAAGUUCCCAACCAGGCAUCUCAAAACACCUUAAAUUCCAUGUGGUAUACGGAGGUGAGAGAACUUCGAGAAAGAGCAAAGGCUUACAGGCAACGAGUAGAGGGAACACACUUCUCCCGAUAUCAUCUCAAUCAGAUCCUGUCUGAUAAUAACAGUCUUUGGGAUGUGUCCUCAAAUUCCAGUUCAGAAGAAGGCAUCAGCAACAACAUCAGAGCGCUAGAUCUUGCCGGAGUUUCUGAAAAAGAGACUGCACCAAGCCCCAAAAUGCUGCAGCAACCUGACUCCAGAGAACAGCCACAGCAGGACACCACUGAGAAGAAAGACAUGUCAGAUGCUUUAACUGUUCCAGUCAAAAGGCGUUUAGUUUGGGGUGAACAAGAAGGUGCUGAGGAAAGGGAGAAUCAGCAAGCAACAGAAGAGGAAAUAAACCAAGAUGAACAGGCUGCAGUCGUGGCUCAGCAGUUAGAAGAAAACAGUAAGGAUGCCAAUGAAGAUAAGAAAAUUGAAGGUGAGAAUGCCUUAGUAUUGAAUUCUUCUGCAGCUGCGUCAGCUUCUUCUUCCGUAUCCUCGAGGACAGGCGGCAGGCUUCCUACUCCAAAGCUGAGAGCGCUUGGUGGAGCUCAGAGGACUCAUCAUGAUCUCACUACCCCAGCUGUUGGAGGUGCAGUGCUAGUGUCUCCUCCUAAAUUCAAGUCUUCAUCUUCACAGCAGAGAACCCGAGGCUUAGGAACAGACCGUUCUUCAGCUAAGCAAGGUGCAACAGAAGCUUCAAAAAGAAGGUCCUUCCAGCCUGAUGUGGAAGUGGAAGCUGUUCCACUCCUUACCUCUCCACCUGCUGGGCUGGGAACUUUGGAUCCUCUGCCACUUAGGCAGGAUCACCGUCCUCCUAACAGUGUUUCUGAUGAACCAGUUCCUCUUGCUUCGUCCCAUCAAGAGCGUUCCUCUACACCUCCUGUGCUGAAAUCAGCCAAAAGCUGCUCUAUGCCUUGCUGGAGUCCCUCUCGUCGUAUUCAAGGGACUCUCAAGGAUCCAGAAUUCCAGCAUAAUGGGAUUGUUGGCAAUCCAAAAAUGAGAUCUUUCCAGUUACCCCUUCAGGAAAGAAACUAUAAUGAUGAAGAUGACAGAUUGUCUCAGAUUUCUGCUCGCUCGGCAGCAUCUAGCUCGCUUGCAUCUCAGGUACUGGAAAGAGCUCAGAAGAGGAAGGAUUUCUGGGGCAAGACAUAA